AUGGCUAGUGAUCAAGAAAACUCACAAGAUGCAAAUGCUCCUGAUGAUACUUCAGAAAAAGAAAUUACACGAGGCAUCACUAUUAUGAAGAGUAUCAUUCGUGAUAGAGAUAAAGCAGUAACAUAUAAUGUAAAUUGGAAUGCUGAUAACCAACUAAUUGGGUCUAAUGCUGCAAAGUUGGCAAGCUACAUUGGUACACUUGUUCGUAUGCACAUUCCAAUCACUGCUACAAGAUGGAGUAAUAAAGAGUUGGGUAGCGCUAAAGAUAAGAUUUGGACUGAGAUACUGAGGUCUUUUAACAUUGAAGAUACAACUAUCCGAAAAAAGUAUAUACUUCAAUUGGCCGGAAAAAGACACAGAGGGUGGAGAACGUUUUUAACAAACAAGUAUCUUAAGGACAAAGAAAAAAAAUUUGUUGAAUAUGAUCCGGAAUAUCCAGUGAAGUAUGCGAUCUUCAUUACAGAAGAAGAAUGGGUUGCUUUUGUAGCCCAAAGAAGAGACGAAAAUUUCAAGAAAGUGAGUGCCACAAAUCGCGAGAGAGCGUCAAAUCCCACGUAUGCAUACAAAAAAGGGCGUUUGGGAUAUGCACGCUUAGAGGAAAAAAUUUUAGACGAGACGAAAAGUGACGCAACAUCACUUCCGCCACAUGUUUUGUGGAAAGAAGCUCGUGUGGGAAAGGAUGGAACUGUUAGGGAUGACGUUCAACAUAUUUAUGAUGAAUGUGAGACCCUAUCUCAAUCGAUAAGCACAGCUGAGGACCAGGAGAACAGGAGCGUACUUAGUAGAGCACUAAAUGUUCCUGAGUAUCCCGGUCGCGUGAGGGGUAAAGGGCAUGGUUGUACUCCAACUUCCUUGUAUAAGAAUCCAAGGAGAAGAAAUCCUAGCAAUCAAGAAGUGAUGGAGACGUUGCAGGCAUUACAAGCGCAAGUUCUUCAAUUGCAAAAGGAUAAUGAGAGAUAUAGGUGUAUGGAAAAGUGCAGUUCACAGUUGAAAGAAACUAGUGAGAAAGCCAGUAUCAAUUGUCAAAAUAAAUUUCCCGAGGGCAUUUCAUCUUGUCAGCUAUACUUAUCGUCACCGACUUAUCGCCUAGUUGGCAAGGGAAAAGUGCACAACACUUCGGGAGAUUUACUUCACCAUAGACCGCUCCCGGAUGGACACCUUAAAGUAUCGGUUGAUGUUGUAUUAGAUAAGGAUGCGUUGCUACCGAUACCUGACAUUGUUUCAGAGACAACAUUGCUGCGAGAUGCAAUAGGAUCAUUUGUUGCAUGGCCCUUGGAUCUCAUUUUCAUUGAUGAUGAGACGCCUACAAAACCCGCAUCUAAGGAUAGAGGGAUUUUGCGGCACAACGAGUCUGUUGCAUCACAAAAAGAGGUAUUUGCUCAAGGGUCACAACAACUGAGCCAGAAAAUUGGUAGUCGACAGAAAAACAAAAGGGAUCUUCCAGUGACUUAUUUGCCAAAAAAAGGUGCUUUUGUGCCUCGAUACCAGAUAUCUCUUGAAACACUUGUUGACUCAUCAGAUAUGGCAACAGCUGGUGCUAUUCGCUUACUGGAUAUGGAAGAAGAUAUCUUUGGUUAUUCAUGCACUGAAACAAUCGGAAAAGAAGAUCUGGAACAUAUUUUUCGGCAUCAAGAAUUAGGCGUCGGUGUUAUACACACAUACAUCCGGUUCUUGUAUGACAAUUUCAUGCGCGGGAAUGAUCAAUUGUCAAACAGAUUCCGUUUCGUGUCUUCCUCCCUGGUCAACAAAGCAUUAAUUUGUAGGGAACCGGAUUCAUGUAGAGAGUACUUAGUCAAGAGAUUCAUGGCCAGCAGUACAAACAACUUGUAUCUUUGGCCGUAUAAUUCAGGGUGUCACUGGUUGUUGCUUGCUAUUGAUCCUUUAAAAGAAGUGGUAUAUUUUCUGAAUUCGAUAGAUGGUGAAUGGACAAAUUAUCCGGAUAUGAAGCAAUUAGUUGAUACAUCAAUAAAAGUGUUCCGAUCUCAAAGACAAGCUCGAGUACCACGUACUAAAUCCAGCAACAUUACGUGGAUAAAAGUGCAGUGUCCUCUACAGCGCAACGGUAUCGAUUGCGGAUACUUUGUAAUGAGGUUUAUGAGGGAAAUCAUUAAUAUGAAUCAAAUAGAGAUUCCAAUCACGUACUUUGAUGAAUACAAGUGUGCUCAUUACACGAGACUGCAGUUGGAACAAAUCAAGGAGGAAUUGUGUCAAUAUUUUAUUGUGAAAAGAUUAAUUAGUAUAUAAUGGUUUCAAAAUAACAUGAAUACUUUGAUGAAGAAUGGUUUCUGGUUGGCAAGUGUAUAGUUCUUUAUAUUUUUAACAGAUUAGUUAUGACUCCAAAUAGGCCGUAUAACAUAUUAGUUUUGACUUGUGUAUAGUUCUUUAUAAUUUUAGUGAUAUCUUUAAUUUCAUGGAUAGAUUAAUGUGUUCAUUCUUGUGUUGGUUUGCUUUAAAAAAUUACAAAUGCUUGAAUUAUGACUCCAAAUGUGUUCAGUGCCUAUCUAUCCUUGUGUUGGUUUGCUUUCAUGGAUAGAUUAUGACUCCAAAUGCUUGAAUUAGAGAGGCUUGAUUUACAGGUUUAUGGGAUUAUUCCCAAAAAAUAUUACAGGUUGAAAUGGUAGGCUUAAACUGAAGGCAGCGUUUUGUUAUUUUACUAGAGGAAAAGACAGCGCUUUUUACUAAAAAGCGCUG